AGACUUGAUUAUAAUGUAGUCACUGUUUAUCAGUAAGCUAAAUAACUUCAUCAUGUUAACACCCCUGCCAACCAAGGGAACACCAAACCCCUUUGUAUCAUCUACCGUGGCCUCUACCGACUCCCAAACGUCCAAGGAUUCUCAGAAAAUUGUAGCGACCAAUAACAAUGUAUACGUAAAUGCCCAUGAUGAUAAUCACCAUUUGGAAGACCUUACACAUCACCAUCACAAUGAGGAAGACGUUGGUUAUAUAUACAAAUUUUCAGUUCGACAAAUGUGCAUUGAUGUUUUGAACCUUGACUGGUCCAAGGUAAUAUGGAACAUGAUCAUUUGUGAUGCUAUCUUGCAUUUACUGGCACUGGGGGGAUUCUAUUUAUUCAUUACUGGCCAGAUUAAGGGAUUAAGUUAUUUAUAUUUUUUCGUCUUUGGCAUCAUGUCGGGACUGGGAGUGACGAUGGGAGUUCACCGACUCUGGGCCCACCGCUCCUACAAAGCCGUGUUUGCCGUCCGGCUCGUCCUCAUGUGCCUGCACUGCGUUGCGUUCCAGCACAGCAUUUUCUCAUGGAGUGUGAACCACCGCGUGCACCACAAGUGGCCCGACACCGACAGGGACUUGACAAACUCCAGAAGAGGGUUCUUCUUCGCGCACAUGGGCUGGAGAAUGUACGAAACGCACGAGGAGCUCAUCAAAGGCCGCAAAAUGGUUCCAGUCCAAGAUCUUCUUGACGAUCCGGUGGUUCGUUUCCAGCAUGAGUACUUCUACUGGAUAGCGAUACCACUCUCGUUUGUUUUGCCUACUAUCAUUCCAUUUUACUUUUGGAAUGAAGAUUUAUUAUUCGCGUUCCUUACGUGUGGGAUGUUGCGUCUAAUUAUAACUCAUCAUGUUACUAACUGCAUCAAUUCCGUAGCCCACCUCUACGGCUACAAGCCAUAUGACAAGACGAUGCACGCUCGCGAUCACAUCGUCUUUGGACCGUUGGCUCUUGGGGAAGGAUGGCACAAUUACCACCACGCGUUCCCAAGAGACUACCGCGCCAGUGAGAUGGACGGAUGGUGUUUCAACUUAACAACCAAGAUCAUCGAAACUUUGGCCAAGUUCGGCUUAACGUAUGACCUGGUAACGGUCUCGGACGACAUCAUCAACAAACGAGCAGCCCGCACCGGCAACCCCGACGAACGCCGACGCGGGCCACUAGUAGCAGCGGCUGUCUUCAGCUGAGUUCUCAGCCGUGAUAAAUAAGAGGAACUUCGGCCACCAAGUUGUAGUCUGCCUUCGACAUAAG